AUGGGCGAAGGUGGGGGGACACGAAUACCACUAUGGAUAUCAAUACUAGCCCUGGUCUUCAUACAGAUCAAAGAUAUAAUUGAGACAUUGAGUGAACUCAAGAAAAUUGACAUUCACAUUUCCUUUACUACUCUUCUUGAUGCAGUUCAAGCCCAGGGUGGUGAAGAACCAACAAAGUCAGACUAUGUUUCUCCAUCUCUCCUGCAGCGACAAAACUCUCUCAAAUCCCAAGGAGUGACAAUUAUUCCAUCUUUUCAAAAUACACUGAAAGUAAAGGCUGGCAACCCCUUUCACAAUGGCCGUGUGUGCAGCACAUGGGGGAACUUCCACUUCAAGACCUUUGAUGGGGACAUCUUUUACUUCCCUGGGGUCUGCAAUUACAUCUUUGCCUCCAACUGCAAGUCUUCCUAUGAGGAUUUCAACAUCCAGAUUAGGCGUGCAAUGGUGGAAAAUGCUACUGUGAUCACUCAUGUCAUCAUGAAGCUGGAAGGAGUAGUGAUCGAACUGACCCCCAGCUCUGUCCUGCUCGAUGACAAAUUGGUCCAGAUGCCCUACAGCCAUAUGGGAGUCUUAAUAGAGAGAAGUAACAACUAUUUGAAAGUUUCUGCCAAGUUGGGACUGACCUUCCUUUGGAAUGGACAAGAUGCCCUCCUGGUGGAACUAGAUAAGAAAUAUGCCAAUCAAACUUGUGGACUUUGUGGGGACUUCAACGGAAUUCCAGUCAGCAAUGAAUUUAUUUCAGGGAAGACAAAACUGACCCCCAUACAGUUUGGUAAUAGGCAGAAGAUGGAUGGACCCACAGAGCAGUGUGAUGAUCCUAUUCCUCCUACUUCUCUGAUGAACUGCUCAAGAGAAUUUGCUUCUAUCUGUGAGACAGUAUUAACCAGCAAAGCAUUUACAAAUUGUAACAUGCUUGUGAAUGUCCAGGACUACAUUGAGACUUGUGUACAAGACCUGUGCCACUGUGACAGCUCCAUGGCUGACUUCUGCAUGUGCAACACCUUUGCUGAGUACUCCCGGCAGUGUGCUCAUGCAGGUGGACAGCCCCUGAACUGGAGAACCUCAGACCUGUGCCCCAAAUCAUGUCCAUUCAACAUGCAAUACCAUGAGUGUGGCUCUCCCUGCUCUGACACGUGCAGCAACCCGGAACGUUCUGCACUUUGUGAAGAUCACUGUACAGAUGGCUGCGUCUGUCCUCCAGGAAUGGUGUUUGAUGAUGUUAAUGGUGCUGGAUGCAUUCCCCGCAGAGAAUGCCACUGUACCUAUGAAGGUGAAACUUAUGCUCCUGGUGCCUCCUUCUCAUCUAAAUGCAGAUCAUGUACCUGUGUUGGAGGUGAAUGGUCUUGUGUCACACAGUCAUGCCCUGGGACUUGCAGUGUUGAAGGAGGUUCCCACAUUUCAACAUUUGAUGAAAAAUACUAUUCCUUCUUUGGAGACUGUAGUUAUGUCCUAACCAAGCUCUGUGACAGCAAUGAGUUCACGGUGUUGGGAGAUAUCCACAAGUGUGGCCUGACUGACACUGAGACAUGCCUCAAGGGUGUAGCCAUCAGCCUAAAUGGAGGACAAACGAACAUUGUGAUCCAGCCUUCUGGGAGUGUAUUUGUGAAUAUGAUCUACACACAGCUACCAUUCUCAGCAGCAAAUGUCACCAUCUUCAGGCCUUCAUCGUUCUUCAUAAUACUGCAAACAACUUUUGGUCUUCAGCUACAGGUUCAGCUUGUGCCUUCAAUGCAAAUUUUUAUAGAUUUAGACCCGUCACAUAAAGGGCAGACCUGUGGUCUCUGUGGAAACUUCAAUGAUGUACAGACAGAUGAUUUCAAAACCACCAGUGGUGUGAUAGAGGGCACUUCAGCUGCCUUUGGCAAUACUUGGAAAACUCGGGCUGAUUGUCCUGAUGCCAAAAAUACCUUUGAGGACCCCUGUACUGUCAGCAUACAAAAUGAUCAGUAUGCUCAGCACUGGUGUGGACUGCUUUCUGAUACCAUGGGACCUUUUGCUGAAUGUCACUCAACAGUGAAUCCAGAAGUUUACCAGAAGACCUGUAUGUUUGACACCUGUAACUGUGAGAAGAGUGAGGACUGCAUGUGUGCUGCCCUUUCCAGCUAUGUCAGAGCCUGUGCUGCUAAAGGAGUUCUUCUCAGUGGAUGGAGGAGCAAAGCCUGCACAAAAUACACCACCUUGUGUCCGAAGUCCUUGAAGUACACCUACAUUGUCAAUUCCUGUCAACCCACCUGCCGCUCUCUGAGUGAGCCUGAUGUCACAUGCAACAUCAAGUUUGUCCCAGUUGAUGGCUGUACCUGCAUAAAUGGAACCUACAUGGAUGACAGUGGCAAAUGUGUGCCUGCUUCUAGCUGUCCUUGUUACUAUAAAGGAAUGCCUCUGUCUUCUGGAGAAGUUGUUCAUGAUAAUGGUGUUGUCUGCACUUGCACCUAUGGAAAGCUGAGUUGCAUUGGAGAGAAGCCUGAACCAGUCUGUGUGCCUCCCAUGGUUUAUGUCGACUGUGGCAAUGUCACUGCAAACGUGGUAGGAGCAGGAUGCCAGAAGAGCUGUCAGACUCUAGAUAUGGAAUGUUACAAAACUCACUGUGUCUCUGGCUGUGUAUGUCCUGAUGAUCAAGUGUUGGAUGGCAAAGGUGGCUGUAUAGCUCCAGAAGACUGUCCAUGUAUUCACAAUGGGAAUUCAUACAGUCCAGGAGAAUCAAUCAGAGUUGGCUGUAACAACUGCACAUGUAGAAACAGAAAAUGGCAGUGCUCUGAGGAACCCUGCCUGGAAACAUGUUCUGUUUAUGGAGAUGGGCAUUAUAAUACCUUUGAUGGCAAACGCUUUGAUUUUGAAGGGGACUGCGAAUAUGUUCUGGUCCAGAACUACUGUGGUCAACAGGCUAUGAGUCAGGGAACCUUCAGAGUCAUCACUGAGAACAUUCCAUGUGGCACUACAGGAACUACCUGCUCUAAGUCUAUUAAAGUUUUCCUGGGAAACUAUGAGCUGGUACUCAGUGAUGGACACUCUGAUGUCAUCCAGAGGACACCUGGGGGAAAAAUGCCAUUCCAAAUCCGUUCCAUGGGCAUCUACCUAGUGGUUGAUACUACUGUUGGUCUGAUACUCAUGUGGGACAAGAAGACCAGUAUAUUCAUCAAACUUAGUCCCAGCUUUCAGGGCCAUGUGUGUGGACUUUGUGGAAACUAUGAUGGCAAUGGAAAUAAUGACUUCACUACUCGCAGUCAGUCUGUGGUAGGAAGUGUGCUGGAAUUUGCCAACAGCUGGAAGGUGUCUUCCAGUUGCCCAAAUGCCAAUCGUACACUGGACCCAUGCACUACAAACCCAUACAGGAAAGCCUGGGCACAGAAGCAAUGCAGCAUCAUUACCAGUGAAGUAUUUGCAAAGUGUCACUCACAGGUUGAACCAAAUGAAUAUUACCAAGCAUGUGUGGAUGAUGCUUGUGCCUGUGACACGGGAGGAGACUGUGAAUGUUUCUGCACAGCAGUAGCUGCCUAUGCUCAAGCAUGUAAUGAGCUGGACAUCUGCAUAUCAUGGAGAACCCCAUCCAUUUGUCCUCUGUUCUGUGAUUACUAUAAUCCACAAGGGGAAUGUGAGUGGCACUACAAGCCAUGUGGAGCACCUUGUAUGAAGACCUGCAAUAAUCCAAGUGGGAAAUGCCUUCAUGAGAUGAGGGGUUUGGAAGGCUGCUAUCCACAGUGUCCAAAGAAUAAGCCCUAUUUUGAUGAGGAAACAAUGACCUGUGUUUCUAAUUGUGGUUGCUUUGAAGAUGGAAAAAAUUACAAACCAGGAAUGGAGAUGCCUUCAAAGCAGAACUGUGAAUCAUGUGAAUGCACAAUUCAUGGCAAAAAAUGCAGAUAUGAUGAACAUGAAUGUGUCUGCAUUUAUGAGGGGCAGAAAUACAACUACAGAGAUGUGGUCUACAACACCACAGAUGGCACAGGAUGGUGUAUUGUUGCAACUUGUGGUCCCAAUGGAACACUUCAAAGAUUUAUCCAUGAAUGUCUAAACUCAACAUCACCUACAACAGCAACUACAUUUCACUUCAGCUCUACGCCACCUACCACUACUUCCACAGUGUCACCAAUUACAUCAGUAUGUGUUCAUGAAGUGUGUGAGUGGUCAGAAUGGUAUGAUGGUAAUCUACAAACCCCUGGCUAUGAUGGGGGAGAUUUUGAAACUUUUGAUGAUUUAAGAUCAAAAGGUUAUGAAGUCUGUAAAGCCCCAAAAGCUGUUGAAUGCAGAGCAGAAAAGUUCCCUGAUAUACCACUGAAAGACCUUGGCCAAAAAGUAGAAUGCAGUACAACACAAGGGCUUAGAUGUUACAACAAGGAUCAAAUUUCAACAAUGUGCAACAACUAUGAAAUCAGAAUCCUCUGCUGUGUUUUUGUACCAUGCUCCUCCACAACACCUGUGAGCACAGCAACCUGGGUCACAACUCCACCUCUGACAGAAACAUCUACUGAAACAACGUAUACAUUCACAACAGCUUCUGAAAGUACAACCUUCAUAACUUCAACUACAGAAGAAACAACAGCCACAACUGCAACCACAACACCUGUCACAACGUCACCUAAUACAGUUCCUCUUUGUUUGAAAGAAAAAUGUUACUGGUCAAGAUGGUAUGAUGUCAGUUAUCCAGGAUCAGGUUACAACGAUGGAGAUUUUGACACCAUUCAGAACAUUGAAAAUAAUGGAUACAAAGUCUGCGAAAACAGAAAGUAUGUAGAAUGCAGAGCAGUGCGGUUUCCUAAUACACCAUAUACUCUACUAGAGCAACACAUAACAUGUAAUACAGAUGAAGGGUUAAAAUGUUACAAUAAAGAUCAACUGCCACCCAUCUGCUAUAAUUACGAAUUAAGAUUUAAAUGCUGCACAAAUAUAACAGUGCCCUGUGAAACAACAACUGAAAGCAUUACUACACCAGCACAGCCAACUAUAAUUUCCUCAACUAUUAAAUCCAAAACAGCACCAACGACUAUUAGUUUACAAACAAAACAUAAGACAACACCAAAAUACACAGCACAACCAAAAACAGAAUUCAUACACACCAGAACAACAUCGAAAACACCCAUAACAAUUGUGAGCUCCACCACAAGCACCACCUGUGAACCCGAAGUGUGCAGCUGGAGCGAGUGGUUCGACGUCGACUUCCCCUCCUCGGGGCCCAACCAGGGAGACUUUGAAACCUACGAGCACAUCCGCGCCGCCGGCAAGCGAGUCUGCCGGCAGCCAAAGCAGAUUGAGUGCCAGGCGGAGGACUACCCCGACGUAGCCAUCCAGCAGGUGGGACAGGUGGUGCAGUGCGACGUCCACUUUGGACUGGUGUGCAAGAACGAGGACCAGACGGGCAAGUUCAAGAUGUGCCUCAACUACAGGAUCCGCGUGCUCUGCUGCACCCCCAACUACAACUGCUCAGUCCCCGGCCCCUACAGCACGGCGAGCACAACAGUCCCGUCCUCCACCUCCACGCCCUACAUCUCCAGCACCACGAGUCCUACCUCCACCGAAAUCAUCACCACCACCAGCCCUUCUACGCCGACGACAUCUUCCACAUCAGUCCCCAUCGUGAGCUCCACCACCACGUCCACCACAAGCACCACCUGUGAACCCGAAGUGUGCAGCUGGAGCGAGUGGUUCGACGUCGACUUCCCCUCCUCGGGGCCCAACCAGGGAGACUUUGAAACCUACGCGCACAUCCGCGCCGCCGGCAAGCGAGUCUGCCGGCAGCCAAAGCAGAUUGAGUGCCAGGCGGAGGACUACCCCGACGUAGCCAUCCAGCAGGUGGGACAGGUGGUGCAGUGCGACGUCCACUUUGGACUGGUGUGCAAGAACGAGGACCAGACGGGCAAGUUCAAGAUGUGCCUCAACUACAGGAUCCGCGUGCUCUGCUGCACCCCCAACUACAACUGCUCAGUCCCCGGCCCCUACAGCACGGCGAGCACAACAGUCCCGUCCUCCACCUCCACGCCCUACAUCUCCAGCACCACGAGUCCUACCUCCACCGAAAUCAUCACCACCACCAGCCCUUCUACGCCGAUGACAUCUUCCACAUCAGUCCCCAUCGUGAGCUCCACCACCACGUCCACCACAAGCACCACCUGUGAACCCGAAGUGUGCAGCUGGAGCGAGUGGUUCGACGUCGACUUCCCCUCCUCGGGGCCCAACCAGGGAGACUUUGAAACCUACGCGCACAUCCGCGCUGCCGGCAAGCGAGUCUGCCGGCAGCCAAAGCAGAUUGAGUGCCAGGCGGAGGACUACCCCGACGUAGCCAUCCAGCAGGUGGGACAGGUGGUGCAGUGCGACGUCCACUUUGGACUGGUGUGCAAGAACGAGGACCAGACGGGCAAGUUCAAGAUGUGCCUCAACUACAGGAUCCGCGUGCUCUGCUGCACCCCCAACUACAACUGCUCAGUCCCCGGCCCCUACAGCACGGCGAGCACAACAGUCCCGUCCUCCACCUCCACGCCCUACAUCUCCAGCACCACGAGUCCUACCUCCACCGAAAUCAUCACCACCACCAGCCCUUCUACGCCGACGACAUCUUCCACAUCAGUCCCCAUCGUGAGCUCCACCACCACGUCCACCACAAGCACCACCUGUGAACCCGAAGUGUGCAGCUGGAGCGAGUGGUUCGACGUCGACUUCCCCUCCUCGGGGCCCAACCAGGGAGACUUUGAAACCUACGCGCACAUCCGCGCCGCCGGCAAGCGAGUCUGCCGGCAGCCAAAGCAGAUUGAGUGCCAGGUGGAGGACUACCCCGACGUAGCCAUCCAGCAGGUGGGACAGGUGGUGCAGUGCGACGUCCACUUUGGACUGGUGUGCAAGAACGAGGACCAGACGGGCAAGUUCAAGAUGUGCCUCAACUACAGGAUCCGCGUGCUCUGCUGCACCCCCAACUACAACUGCUCAGUCCCCGGCCCCUACAGCACGGCGAGCACAACAGUCCCGUCCUCCACCUCCACGCCCUACAUCUCCAGCACCACGAGUCCUACCUCCACCGAAAUCAUCACCACCACCAGCCCUUCUACGCCGACGACAUCUUCCACAUCAGUCCCCAUCGUGAGCUCCACCACCACGUCCACCACAAGCACCACCUGUGAACCCGAAGUGUGCAGCUGGAGCGAGUGGUUCGACGUCGACUUCCCCUCCUCGGGGCCCAACCAGGGAGACUUUGAAACCUACGCGCACAUCCGCGCCGCCGGCAAGCGAGUCUGCCGGCAGCCAAAGCAGAUUGAGUGCCAGGCGGAGGACUACCCCGACGUAGCCAUCCAGCAGGUGGGACAGGUGGUGCAGUGCGACGUCCACUUUGGACUGGUGUGCAAGAACGAGGACCAGACGGGCAAGUUCAAGAUGUGCCUCAACUACAGGAUCCGCGUGCUCUGCUGCACCCCCAACUACAACUGCUCAGUCCCCGGCCCCUACAGCACGGCGAGCACAACAGUCCCGUCCUCCACCUCCACGCCCUACAUCUCCAGCACCACGAGUCCUACCUCCACCGAAAUCAUCACCACCACCAGCCCUUCUACGCCGACGACAUCUUCCACAUCAGUCCCCAUCAUGAGCUCCACCACCACGUCCACCACAAGCACCACCUGUGAACCCGAAGUGUGCAGCUGGAGCGAGUGGUUCGACGUCGACUUCCCCUCCUCGGGGCCCAACCAGGGAGACUUUGAAACCUACGCGCACAUCCGCGCCGCCGGCAAGCGAGUCUGCCGGCAGCCAAAGCAGAUUGAGUGCCAGGCGGAGGACUACCCCGACGUAGCCAUCCAGCAGGUGGGACAGGUGGUGCAGUGCGACGUCCACUUUGGACUGGUGUGCAAGAACGAGGACCAGACGGGCAAGUUCAAGAUGUGCCUCAACUACAGGAUCCGCGUGCUCUGCUGCACCCCCAACUACAACUGCUCAGUCCCCGGCCCCUACAGCACGGCGAGCACAACAGUCCCGUCCUCCACCUCCACGCCCUACAUCUCCAGCACCACGAGUCCUACCUCCACCGAAAUCAUCACCACCACCAGCCCUUCUACGCCGACGACAUCUUCCACAUCAGUCCCCAUCGUGAGCUCCACCACCACGUCCACCACAAGCACCACCUGUGAACCCGAAGUGUGCAGCUGGAGCGAGUGGUUCGACGUCGACUUCCCCUCCUCGGGGCCCAACCAGGGAGACUUUGAAACCUACGCGCACAUCCGCGCCGCCGGCAAGCGAGUCUGCCGGCAGCCAAAGCAGAUUGAGUGCCAGGCGGAGGACUACCCCGACGUAGCCAUCCAGCAGGUGGGACAGGUGGUGCAGUGCGACGUCCACUUUGGACUGGUGUGCAAGAACGAGGACCAGACGGGCAAGUUCAAGAUGUGCCUCAACUACAGGAUCCGCGUGCUCUGCUGCACCCCCAACUACAACUGCUCAGUCCCCGGCCCCUACAGCACGGCGAGCACAACAGUCCCGUCCUCCACCUCCACGCCCUACAUCUCCAGCACCACGAGUCCUACCUCCACCGAAAUCAUCACCACCACCAGCCCUUCUACGCCGACGACAUCUUCCACAUCAGUCCCCAUCGUGAGCUCCACCACCACGUCCACCACAAGCACCACCUGUGAACCCGAAGUGUGCAGCUGGAGCGAGUGGUUCGACGUCGACUUCCCCUCCUCGGGGCCCAACCAGGGAGACUUUGAAACCUACGAGCACAUCCGCGCCGCCGGCAAGCGAGUCUGCCGGCAGCCAAAGCAGAUUGAGUGCCAGGCGGAGGACUACCCCGACGUAGCCAUCCAGCAGGUGGGACAGGUGGUGCAGUGCGACGUCCACUUUGGACUGGUGUGCAAGAACGAGGACCAGACGGGCAAGUUCAAGAUGUGCCUCAACUACAGGAUCCGCGUGCUCUGCUGCACCCCCAACUACAACUGCUCAGUCCCCGGCCCCUACAGCACGGCGAGCACAACAGUCCCGUCCUCCACCUCCACGCCCUACAUCUCCAGCACCACGAGUCCUACCUCCACCGAAAUCAUCACCACCACCAGCCCUUCUACGCCGACGACAUCUUCCACAUCAGUCCCCAUCGUGAGCUCCACCACCACGUCCACCACAAGCACCACCUGUGAACCCGAAGUGUGCAGCUGGAGCGAGUGGUUCGACGUCGACUUCCCCUCCUCGGGGCCCAACCAGGGAGACUUUGAAACCUACGCGCACAUCCGCGCCGCCGGCAAGCGAGUCUGCCGGCAGCCAAAGCAGAUUGAGUGCCAGGCGGAGGACUACCCCGACGUAGCCAUCCAGCAGGUGGGACAGGUGGUGCAGUGCGACGUCCACUUUGGACUGGUGUGCAAGAACGAGGACCAGACGGGCAAGUUCAAGAUGUGCCUCAACUACAGGAUCCGCGUGCUCUGCUGCACCCCCAACUACAACUGCUCAGUCCCCGGCCCCUACAGCACGGCGAGCACAACAGUCCCGUCCUCCACCUCCACGCCCUACAUCUCCAGCACCACGAGUCCUACCUCCACCGAAAUCAUCACCACCACCAGCCCUUCUACGCCGACGACAUCUUCCACAUCAGUCCCCAUCGUGAGCUCCACCACCACGUCCACCACAAGCACCACCUGUGAACCCGAAGUGUGCAGCUGGAGCGAGUGGUUCGACGUCGACUUCCCCUCCUCGGGGCCCAACCAGGGAGACUUUGAAACCUACGAGCACAUCCGCGCCGCCGGCAAGCGAGUCUGCCGGCAGCCAAAGCAGAUUGAGUGCCAGGCGGAGGACUACCCCGACGUAGCCAUCCAGCAGGUGGGACAGGUGGUGCAGUGCGACGUCCACUUUGGACUGGUGUGCAAGAACGAGGACCAGACGGGCAAGUUCAAGAUGUGCCUCAACUACAGGAUCCGCGUGCUCUGCUGCACCCCCAACUACAACUGCUCAGUCCCCGGCCCCUACAGCACGGCGAGCACAACAGUCCCGUCCUCCACCUCCACGCCCUACAUCUCCAGCACCACGAGUCCUACCUCCACCGAAAUCAUCACCACCACCAGCCCUUCUACGCCGACGACAUCUUCCACAUCAGUCCCCAUCGUGAGCUCCACCACCACGUCCACCACAAGCACCACCUGUGAACCCGAAGUGUGCAGCUGGAGCGAGUGGUUCGACGUCGACUUCCCCUCCUCGGGGCCCAACCAGGGAGACUUUGAAACCUACGCGCACAUCCGCGCCGCCGGCAAGCGAGUCUGCCGGCAGCCAAAGCAGAUUGAGUGCCAGGCGGAGGACUACCCCGACGUAGCCAUCCAGCAGGUGGGACAGGUGGUGCAGUGCGACGUCCACUUUGGACUGGUGUGCAAGAACGAGGACCAGACGGGCAAGUUCAAGAUGUGCCUCAACUACAGGAUCCGCGUGCUCUGCUGCACCCCCAACUACAACUGCUCAGUCCCCGGCCCCUACAGCACGGCGAGCACAACAGUCCCGUCCUCCACCUCCACGCCCUACAUCUCCAGCACCACGAGUCCUACCUCCACCGAAAUCAUCACCACCACCAGCCCUUCUACGCCGACGACAUCUUCCACAUCAGUCCCCAUCGUGAGCUCCACCACCACGUCCACCACAAGCACCACCUGUGAACCCGAAGUGUGCAGCUGGAGCGAGUGGUUCGACGUCGACUUCCCCUCCUCGGGGCCCAACCAGGGAGACUUUGAAACCUACGCGCACAUCCGCGCCGCCGGCAAGCGAGUCUGCCGGCAGCCAAAGCAGAUUGAGUGCCAGGCGGAGGACUACCCCGACGUAGCCAUCCAGCAGGUGGGACAGGUGGUGCAGUGCGACGUCCACUUUGGACUGGUGUGCAAGAACGAGGACCAGACGGGCAAGUUCAAGAUGUGCCUCAACUACAGGAUCCGCGUGCUCUGCUGCACCCCCAACUACAACUGCUCAGUCCCCGGCCCCUACAGCACGGCGAGCACAACAGUCCCGUCCUCCACCUCCACGCCCUACAUCUCCAGCACCACGAGUCCUACCUCCACCGAAAUCAUCACCACCACCAGCCCUUCUACGCCGACGACAUCUUCCACAUCAGUCCCCAUCGUGAGCUCCACCACCACGUCCACCACAAGCACCACCUGUGAACCCGAAGUGUGCAGCUGGAGCGAGUGGUUCGACGUCAACUUCCCCUCCUCGGGGCCCAACCAGGGAGACUUUGAAACCUACGCGCACAUCCGCGCCGCCGGCAAGCGAGUCUGCCGGCAGCCAAAGCAGAUUGAGUGCCAGGCGGAGGACUACCCCGACGUAGCCAUCCAGCAGGUGGGACAGGUGGUGCAGUGCGACGUCCACUUUGGACUGGUGUGCAAGAACGAGGACCAGACGGGCAAGUUCAAGAUGUGCCUCAACUACAGGAUCCGCGUGCUCUGCUGCACCCCCAACUACAACUGCUCAGUCCCCGGCCCCUACAGCACGGCGAGCACAACAGUCCCGUCCUCCACCUCCACGCCCUACAUCUCCAGCACCACGAGUCCUACCUCCACCGAAAUCAUCACCACCACCAGCCCUUCUACGCCGACGACAUCUUCCACAUCAGUCCCCAUCGUGAGCUCCACCACCACGUCCACCACAAGCACCACCUGUGAACCCGAAGUGUGCAGCUGGAGCGAGUGGUUCGACGUCGACUUCCCCUCCUCGGGGCCCAACCAGGGAGACUUUGAAACCUACGAGCACAUCCGCGCCGCCGGCAAGCGAGUCUGCCGGCAGCCAAAGCAGAUUGAGUGCCAGGCGGAGGACUACCCCGACGUAGCCAUCCAGCAGGUGGGACAGGUGGUGCAGUGCGACGUCCACUUUGGACUGGUGUGCAAGAACGAGGACCAGACGGGCAAGUUCAAGAUGUGCCUCAACUACAGGAUCCGCGUGCUCUGCUGCACCCCCAACUACAACUGCUCAGUCCCCGGCCCCUACAGCACGGCGAGCACAACAGUCCCGUCCUCCACCUCCACGCCCUACAUCUCCAGCACCACGAGUCCUACCUCCACCGAAAUCAUCACCACCACCAGCCCUUCUACGCCGACGACAUCUUCCACAUCAGUCCCCAUCGUGAGCUCCACCACCACGUCCACCACAAGCACCACCUGUGAACCCGAAGUGUGCAGCUGGAGCGAGUGGUUCGACGUCGACUUCCCCUCCUCGGGGCCCAACCAGGGAGACUUUGAAACCUACGCGCACAUCCGCGCCGCCGGCAAGCGAGUCUGCCGGCAGCCAAAGCAGAUUGAGUGCCAGGCGGAGGACUACCCCGACGUAGCCAUCCAGCAGGUGGGACAGGUGGUGCAGUGCGACGUCCACUUUGGACUGGUGUGCAAGAACGAGGACCAGACGGGCAAGUUCAAGAUGUGCCUCAACUACAGGAUCCGCGUGCUCUGCUGCACCCCCAACUACAACUGCUCAGUCCCCGGCCCCUACAGCACGGCGAGCACAACAGUCCCGUCCUCCACCUCCACGCCCUACAUCUCCAGCACCACGAGUCCUACCUCCACCGAAAUCAUCACCACCACCAGCCCUUCUACGCCGACGACAUCUUCCACAUCAGUCCCCAUCGUGAGCUCCACCACCACGUCCACCACAAGCACCACCUGUGAACCCGAAGUGUGCAGCUGGAGCGAGUGGUUCGACGUCGACUUCCCCUCCUCGGGGCCCAACCAGGGAGACUUUGAAACCUACGCGCACAUCCGCGCCGCCGGCAAGCGAGUCUGCCGGCAGCCAAAGCAGAUUGAGUGCCAGGCGGAGGACUACCCCGACGUAGCCAUCCAGCAGGUGGGACAGGUGGUGCAGUGCGACGUCCACUUUGGACUGGUGUGCAAGAACGAGGACCAGACGGGCAAGUUCAAGAUGUGCCUCAACUACAGGAUCCGCGUGCUCUGCUGCACCCCCAACUACAACUGCUCAGUCCCCGGCCCCUACAGCACGGCGAGCACAACAGUCCCGUCCUCCACCUCCACGCCCUACAUCUCCAGCACCACGAGUCCUACCUCCACCGAAAUCAUCACCACCACCAGCCCUUCUACGCCGACGACAUCUUCCACAUCAGUCCCCAUCGUGAGCUCCACCACCACGUCCACCACAAGCACCACCUGUGAACCCGAAGUGUGCAGCUGGAGCGAGUGGUUCGACGUCGACUUCCCCUCCUCGGGGCCCAACCAGGGAGACUUUGAAACCUACGCGCACAUCCGCGCCGCCGGCAAGCGAGUCUGCCGGCAGCCAAAGCAGAUUGAGUGCCAGGCGGAGGACUACCCCGACGUAGCCAUCCAGCAGGUGGGACAGGUGGUGCAGUGCGACGUCCACUUUGGACUGGUGUGCAAGAACGAGGACCAGACGGGCAAGUUCAAGAUGUGCCUCAACUACAGGAUCCGCGUGCUCUGCUGCACCCCCAACUACAACUGCUCAGUCCCCGGCCCCUACAGCACGGCGAGCACAACAGUCCCGUCCUCCACCUCCACGCCCUACAUCUCCAGCACCACGAGUCCUACCUCCACCGAAAUCAUCACCACCACCAGCCCUUCUACGCCGACGACAUCUUCCACAUCAGUCCCCAUCGUGAGCUCCACCACCACGUCCACCACAAGCACCACCUGUGAACCCGAAGUGUGCAGCUGGAGCGAGUGGUUCGACGUCGACUUCCCCUCCUCGGGGCCCAACCAGGGAGACUUUGAAACCUACGCGCACAUCCGCGCCGCCGGCAAGCGAGUCUGCCGGCAGCCAAAGCAGAUUGAGUGCCAGGCGGAGGACUACCCCGACGUAGCCAUCCAGCAGGUGGGACAGGUGGUGCAGUGCGACGUCCACUUUGGACUGGUGUGCAAGAACGAGGACCAGACGGGCAAGUUCAAGAUGUGCCUCAACUACAGGAUCCGCGUGCUCUGCUGCACCCCCAACUACAACUGCUCAGUCCCCGGCCCCUACAGCACGGCGAGCACAACAGUCCCGUCCUCCACCUCCACGCCCUACAUCUCCAGCACCACGAGUCCUACCUCCACCGAAAUCAUCACCACCACCAGCCCUUCUACGCCGACGACAUCUUCCACAUCAGUCCCCAUCGUGAGCUCCACCACCACGUCCACCACAAGCACCACCUGUGAACCCGAAGUGUGCAGCUGGAGCGAGUGGUUCGACGUCAACUUCCCCUCCUCGGGGCCCAACCAGGGAGACUUUGAAACCUACGCGCACAUCCGCGCCGCCGGCAAGCGAGUCUGCCGGCAGCCAAAGCAGAUUGAGUGCCAGGCGGAGGACUACCCCGACGUAGCCAUCCAGCAGGUGGGACAGGUGGUGCAGUGCGACGUCCACUUUGGACUGGUGUGCAAGAACGAGGACCAGACGGGCAAGUUCAAGAUGUGCCUCAACUACAGGAUCCGCGUGCUCUGCUGCACCCCCAACUACAACUGCUCAGUCCCCGGCCCCUACAGCACGGCGAGCACAACAGUCCCGUCCUCCACCUCCACGCCCUACAUCUCCAGCACCACGAGUCCUACCUCCACCGAAAUCAUCACCACCACCAGCCCUUCUACGCCGACGACAUCUUCCACAUCAGUCCCCAUCGUGAGCUCCACCACCACGUCCACCACAAGCACCACCUGUGAACCCGAAGUGUGCAGCUGGAGCGAGUGGUUCGACGUCGACUUCCCCUCCUCGGGGCCCAACCAGGGAGACUUUGAAACCUACGAGCACAUCCGCGCCGCCGGCAAGCGAGUCUGCCGGCAGCCAAAGCAGAUUGAGUGCCAGGCGGAGGACUACCCCGACGUAGCCAUCCAGCAGGUGGGACAGGUGGUGCAGUGCGACGUCCACUUUGGACUGGUGUGCAAGAACGAGGACCAGACGGGCAAGUUCAAGAUGUGCCUCAACUACAGGAUCCGCGUGCUCUGCUGCACCCCCAACUACAACUGCUCAGUCCCCGGCCCCUACAGCACGGCGAGCACAACAGUCCCGUCCUCCACCUCCACGCCCUACAUCUCCAGCACCACGAGUCCUACCUCCACCGAAAUCAUCACCACCACCAGCCCUUCUACGCCGACGACAUCUUCCACAUCAGUCCCCAUCGUGAGCUCCACCACCACGUCCACCACAAGCACCACCUGUGAACCCGAAGUGUGCAGCUGGAGCGAGUGGUUCGACGUCGACUUCCCCUCCUCGGGGCCCAACCAGGGAGACUUUGAAACCUACGCGCACAUCCGCGCCGCCGGCAAGCGAGUCUGCCGGCAGCCAAAGCAGAUUGAGUGCCAGGCGGAGGACUACCCCGACGUAGCCAUCCAGCAGGUGGGACAGGUGGUGCAGUGCGACGUCCACUUUGGACUGGUGUGCAAGAACGAGGACCAGACGGGCAAGUUCAAGAUGUGCCUCAACUACAGGAUCCGCGUGCUCUGCUGCACCCCCAACUACAACUGCUCAGUCCCCGGCCCCUACAGCACGGCGAGCACAACAGUCCCGUCCUCCACCUCCACGCCCUACAUCUCCAGCACCACGAGUCCUACCUCCACCGAAAUCAUCACCACCACCAGCCCUUCUACGCCGACGACAUCUUCCACAUCAGUCCCCAUCGUGAGCUCCACCACCACGUCCACCACAAGCACCACCUGUGAACCCGAAGUGUGCAGCUGGAGCGAGUGGUUCGACGUCGACUUCCCCUCCUCGGGGCCCAACCAGGGAGACUUUGAAACCUACGCGCACAUCCGCGCCGCCGGCAAGCGAGUCUGCCGGCAGCCAAAGCAGAUUGAGUGCCAGGCGGAGGACUACCCCGACGUAGCCAUCCAGCAGGUGGGACAGGUGGUGCAGUGCGACGUCCACUUUGGACUGGUGUGCAAGAACGAGGACCAGACGGGCAAGUUCAAGAUGUGCCUCAACUACAGGAUCCGCGUGCUCUGCUGCACCCCCAACUACAACUGCUCAGUCCCCGGCCCCUACAGCACGGCGAGCACAACAGUCCCGUCCUCCACCUCCACGCCCUACAUCUCCAGCACCACGAGUCCUACCUCCACCGAAAUCAUCACCACCACCAGCCCUUCUACGCCGACGACAUCUUCCACAUCAGUCCCCAUCGUGAGCUCCACCACCACGUCCACCACAAGCACCACCUGUGAACCCGAAGUGUGCAGCUGGAGCGAGUGGUUCGACGUCGACUUCCCCUCCUCGGGGCCCAACCAGGGAGACUUUGAAACCUACGCGCACAUCCGCGCCGCCGGCAAGCGAGUCUGCCGGCAGCCAAAGCAGAUUGAGUGCCAGGCGGAGGACUACCCCGACGUAGCCAUCCAGCAGGUGGGACAGGUGGUGCAGUGCGACGUCCACUUUGGACUGGUGUGCAAGAACGAGGACCAGACGGGCAAGUUCAAGAUGUGCCUCAACUACAGGAUCCGCGUGCUCUGCUGCACCCCCAACUACAACUGCUCAGUCCCCGGCCCCUACAGCACGGCGAGCACAACAGUCCCGUCCUCCACCUCCACGCCCUACAUCUCCAGCACCACGAGUCCUACCUCCACCGAAAUCAUCACCACCACCAGCCCUUCUACGCCGACGACAUCUUCCACAUCAGUCCCCAUCGUGAGCUCCACCACCACGUCCACCACAAGCACCACCUGUGAACCCGAAGUGUGCAGCUGGAGCGAGUGGUUCGACGUCGACUUCCCCUCCUCGGGGCCCAACCAGGGAGACUUUGAAACCUACGAGCACAUCCGCGCCGCCGGCAAGCGAGUCUGCCGGCAGCCAAAGCAGAUUGAGUGCCAGGCGGAGGACUACCCCGACGUAGCCAUCCAGCAGGUGGGACAGGUGGUGCAGUGCGACGUCCACUUUGGACUGGUGUGCAAGAACGAGGACCAGACGGGCAAGUUCAAGAUGUGCCUCAACUACAGGAUCCGCGUGCUCUGCUGCACCCCCAACUACAACUGCUCAGUCCCCGGCCCCUACAGCACGGCGAGCACAACAGUCCCGUCCUCCACCUCCACGCCCUACAUCUCCAGCACCACGAGUCCUACCUCCACCGAAAUCAUCACCACCACCAGCCCUUCUACGCCGACGACAUCUUCCACAUCAGUCCCCAUCGUGAGCUCCACCACCACGUCCACCACAAGCACCACCUGUGAACCCGAAGUGUGCAGCUGGAGCGAGUGGUUCGACGUCGACUUCCCCUCCUCGGGGCCCAACCAGGGAGACUUUGAAACCUACGCGCACAUCCGCGCCGCCGGCAAGCGAGUCUGCCGGCAGCCAAAGCAGAUUGAGUGCCAGGCGGAGGACUACCCCGACGUAGCCAUCCAGCAGGUGGGACAGGUGGUGCAGUGCGACGUCCACUUUGGACUGGUGUGCAAGAACGAGGACCAGACGGGCAAGUUCAAGAUGUGCCUCAACUACAGGAUCCGCGUGCUCUGCUGCACCCCCAACUACAACUGCUCAGUCCCCGGCCCCUACAGCACGGCGAGCACAACAGUCCCGUCCUCCACCUCCACGCCCUACAUCUCCAGCACCACGAGUCCUACCUCCACCGAAAUCAUCACCACCACCAGCCCUUCUACGCCGACGACAUCUUCCACAUCAGUCCCCAUCGUGAGCUCCACCACCACGUCCACCACAAGCACCACCUGUGAACCCGAAGUGUGCAGCUGGAGCGAGUGGUUCGACGUCGACUUCCCCUCCUCGGGGCCCAACCAGGGAGACUUUGAAACCUACGCGCACAUCCGCGCCGCCGGCAAGCGAGUCUGCCGGCAGCCAAAGCAGAUUGAGUGCCAGGCGGAGGACUACCCCGACGUAGCCAUCCAGCAGGUGGGACAGGUGGUGCAGUGCGACGUCCACUUUGGACUGGUGUGCAAGAACGAGGACCAGACGGGCAAGUUCAAGAUGUGCCUCAACUACAGGAUCCGCGUGCUCUGCUGCACCCCCAACUACCACUGCCUCUUUUCUACCCCCUUGACCACUUCCAGCCCAUCCCCCAUUAUUACCGGAAGUCCAUAUUUUUCUACCACCUCUUCUCCUUUUUUUUCAACUACACCGUGUUUUUGCAAGAUUGGUGAUGCUAUUUUUUCUCCGGGUGACUUGAUUUACAACAGAGUCGACAGUGAAGGAUGUAGAUUGUUAUGUUUGUUUGCAGAAUUUUGUGACAAAAACCUAUUCUUCGUUUUUCAGCCUGGAGAAAGAUUCAAAUUAUCCAACUGCACAGAAGUCAUCUGUAAUGGAGACAAUGACAUAGAUGUAGUACCAACGUACUGCCCACCUGUAAAGGAAAUUACCUGUGCAAACAAAUAUCCACCAAUGCUGGUACCUGAUGAAAAUGGAUGCUGUUAUCGAUAUGAGUGUCAAUGUGUGUGUAGUGGAUGGGGUGAUCCUCAUUACAUUACUUUUGAUGGAACCUAUUAUACCUUCCUUGAAAACUGCACUUACGUCCUGGUGAAACAGAUUGUCCCUAGAUAUGACAACUUCCGUGUUUACAUUGACAAUUAUUACUGCGAUGCAAAAGAUGGACUCUCCUGCCCUAAAUCCAUUCUUAUUUUCUACAAAUCUGCAGAAGUGGUGCUGACUCGUGAACUCGUGAAUGGUGUGAUGACUAAUGUGAUGUACUUCAAUAAAAAGAUUGUUGAACCAGGCUUCAAAAAAGAUGGUAUUUCUUUCUCCACUCUUGGCAUCAAUAUGAUUGUUGAAAUAGAAGAAAUUGGUGCUGUUAUAACCUUUAGUGGUCUGAUUUUCUCUGUGAAGCUCCCAUACAGCAAAUUCGGCAACAACACAGAAGGACAAUGUGGAACAUGUACAAACAAUAAAGCAGAUGAAUGCCGCUUACCAAGUGGUAAGAUCAUUUCCUCUUGUCCCCAAAUGGCUCAUCACUGGAUUGUUGACAACAACAAGGAGUGCCAUGGAAUACCAAUAUUACCAUCUGUAACCACACCUCCACCAAAGCCACAAUGUGAAACACCUCGCCUCUGCAAGCUUAUCUUGAGCAAGGUUUUUGCGGAAUGUCAUACCGUGAUACCACCAGAACCAUUUUUCAAAGGCUGUGUUUUUGAUGGAUGUCGCAUAGACGAUGAAUUCAUGCAGUGUUCCAGUUUGGAGAUAUAUGCAACAGAGUGUGCUGCUAGAGGUGUCUGCAUUGACUGGAGAGGAAUGACCAACAAUACAUGUUCAUUCAGCUGUCCAUCAAGCUUGGUAUAUAAGCCAUGUGGGCCUAUUAAUCCAGUUAACUGUGACCAAAGUCUGCAGAGAACCAAAUGGAAUGUCCAGAUGGGACAAGGCUGUGUAGUCAAUGAAACCUAUUAUGCACCUGGAGCUGCCAUUCCAUCAGGCCCCUGUGAAGAAUGUACCUGCUCUGAAUCCUCUCCCUCAAGACCUCAACGCCCUACAGUCAGGUGCCAGACUGUAAUCUGUGACACCUACUGCCCGCUGGAAGGAGAAUACUGGAAUCCACCUGGUGAUAACUGUACUGUUUACACAUGUGAAAAACAUGCUGACCAGUUCAUUCAAGUCAUCAAAAAGGCAAGCUGUCCUGCCUAUAACCCUGAUGAGUGUGAUCCAGAGGAUGUCAAAUUAUCUGAUGAUGGCUGCUGUUUAGUGUGCCGAAGAACACCGAAACUUUGCACGAAGCACAAUAUGACUACUGUCAUCAACUAUAAUGGCUGUGUAUCUCCUGCACCUGUUGAGAUAACAUACUGUGAAGGCAGCUGCGAUGCUUACUCACGAUAUUCUCAAAUGACAAACACAAUGGUGCACAAAUGCUCGUGUUGUCAGGAAAUGAAGACCAGCAAAAGAAAGGUGACUCUGACGUGCAGUGAUGGAACCUCCCUUGAUCACUCCUACACCUAUGUGGAGAAAUGCAGCUGUGUGGGUGCUGAGUGCAUUACCCAAGACAGCAGCCAACAGCAGACACAGCAGACAAAGACCUCUCAGGAGCAAGCGAAUGUCAAAAAUUAG